AUGGGAGGUUCACAAUCACAAUCAUAUGAUUUGAGCAAUGAAUCGAUAAAAUCAGUGCAGGAUAAGCAGGAUAUUGUUCCCAGCAAUAAUGUUGUCGAUGGCAUACUCCUUCAUAUUACUUCUGCUGAAAGCUCAAACAUUUUGCCAAAUGAACAGAAAUUGAAACGAAUACAUCCGCCAGAGGACAUACCACUGACAUCAGAAGAAAUACCAGUGGAGAAUAUAUCCGUAAUAAAAAUAUCCAUUCCCAAAAUAGCCGAAACAACUGUUGAAUAA